AUGUCGGAUCUCACCCUAACGUCCGAUGACGAACAUGCUGUCUUACCAGCUCAAUUGACUCCACGAAGCAAGAUCAAAGCUCUAAUAGCCGCAGUCGAUGAUGAUGAUGAUGAUUUGGGAACUGAAUCAGCUAAUGAUUUAAGACCUACAGACAGCCUACAGUGGUCAGCACCCUCUGCGAGCAAAGCAAAUCUCGCAAAUAAACACCACGAGGAGCCACGCACAAGGUCCAAUGGUUUUCCAGCGGACGAUGAGGAAGAUUCAUCACCAUUGAGGCCGCGAGGCAAGCUGACUGCCCGUCUCAAUAAUGGCGUGGCCAGUCCACAUUGUGAAUACGCAAGCGGAGGACAGGAUAGUGACAAAGAGAAUGCUUAUGCUCGGGUCAAGAAGCAGCUGAUGCGGAAGCGGCUCAAGACAAAUCGCAGUCCACCUGCAAUGCGCACAGCAAUAGACGUAGCAAAGAGGACUACGUCGCAGUCGCCGACAAGGCCUACUCAUGAGCAAGUCAAAUCUGUAAGAGGCUUGUCCAUGUCUCCCGCAAUCACAAAACAGGGAGUAUCACCUGGCUUGUUUCUUAGUCCCCGCCCAUCUGGUGCAUCUGCUAGGCAAACCCCCAUUGCCCAAGAAUUGGACAGUUCAGAUAGCGAUCUUCCAAGAAGUCCUCUAAAGAACAGUAAAUUCCUCGAACUCGCAGCCCGCAAGAGAGCAGAGCUUGAAGCUAAACGAGAUCGCAAAAAGAAUAAGAAAAGAUAUCGGAAAGGUUCGGUUGAAAUGGCGGAGAGAGGGAGUGCAACGUCCAGUGAGAUGGACUCGGAUGAUCAAGAAGCAGACCGAAAGCUUACGCAACACGACCGCCCAACGAGAAAAGCCAGCAAAAAGGCUUUAGAGGAAAUGAGCCGAGAGACCCAAAGAAUGAGCAGAAAUAUGCAAUUAGCACAUCAAGCGAGAACAAAAAAGAGAAUUUCGAAGGAGAGUCUACUCGCUCGCUUCAAUUUUGUUGUGCCGCAUGAUUCAGCCCAAGGCGAAUCAGCUGCACAUGUCGAGUCAGCCACGGCGAGCUCUCUGCCUGCCUCAGACCAUGAAAUUGUAGCACACAAAGAAACCCCUCCAACCAGCCCUCUGGAUACUGCCGAAUCAAUGCUAGACCCUCUUUCACAGGAGAAGGUCGAUAAAGAGCCACCAGCUAGUAAGAGGGAUUCAGCAACGACGGAAGGCCAGAUGGAAAAUGAGCUUCCGAAUAUGACUGAUCUGUUGAGCCAGCCGUUACUUACUUUGCAGAAAGAGAAAGCAGAGGAGGAAACACCACAGCCGCAGCUGGAGGCAAAGAAAACCCCCCAAUUCAAGUCCCAAAAGGCACCCGUAAGAGUGAAAACACCAAACUUUAUCCUAAAAGGCGAUGUCAACAUCAUCGAUUCUGACAGCGACCUAGAAGUGAUGCCAACAAAAGGCCAAGACACUCUCCGGGUAUUCGAACGCGUACCAAGGGCCGAGGACCAGGAUUUACGCCCUUUACAGACGUUGCGCGCUCUAGCACAUCUAAAUCCUUCCUCUGAUAACAAUGGCCGUAGGGUCAAGCCGUCCAUAUCUCUAGCUCACUUGCAGAUUUCACUGCAGAGAAGGGCGAGACAGCAGGCACUUGAGGAGCGUAAUGCUAAGAUCCAAGAUCUUAAAGCUCGAGGUAUUAUUGUUCAAACCGCAGAAGAAAAGGAAAAGGAACAGGUUGAGGUUGAGAAUUUGCUCGAAAAGGCGCGAAAAGACAACGAAAGACUCAGAGAACGCGAGAAGAGAGCAGCUCAAAGAGCGAAUAUUGCCAACGGUGAGACUAAUCGUACUGAUUUAAGUGGUGAGGACGAUGAGGACUACGAAGAAGGAAGUAUGCAUGAAGCUGACUUAGAGCUUUCGGACUCGGAAGACGAGGAAGUCAUUGAUGCGUCAGAAAUUGAAGCUGACCCUGAGGAUGACCAGGCGGAAGGAGCAGAUGAAGAUCGUAGUAAGACAGAUGGUAAUGCCCUCAUAAUGGAAGAAGCAUCAGAUGAUAGCCGCGACGACGCAGACAUUGACGCUGAUACCGGGACUGAGGACGCCUUUGAUAAUUUGGAAGUGCAACCUCGUCGAAGAAAUCGUAUGAUUAUUGACGAGGAUGAUGAAAACGAUUCAACUAACGUUUCAACUAAUGAUUUACGAUCCUUCCACACCAAUAUCGAUGAUGUUGUAUCACCAUCACGGACUACUACCGUUGAAGUCCCAAAGCUAUUCCAACAUAAGCAAGAUAGUAUGCCAAUGGGAAUGACACAAGCUUUUGCUGCGACCAUGGCUGACGAAGAAGACAACAGCGAUUCUCAAGAAUUGCUUGAGGCACUUGGGCCUCCUUUGGAACCUGAACUUCCAAUUCUGCAAGUGGAAGACUCGUUACGAGUGGUAGAGGAUACGCAAGAUCGUCUGCCACUGCUUGCCGCUGCGGACAGCAUGGAGCCUCUUAAAAUUGACCUCCAUACGUCUCAGAUACCCAUCGGGCAGAACAGCCUUGCCGAGACUCAAUCACUGGCCACCCAGUUUUCUGAAAUACCGGAUCCAACCCAAGAUGCUGGCUUUGUACUUUCAUCGCCUGCACCAGAACAGCGCUUUAUCUCUGAGCCGCCUUCUACGGUUGAUACCGUCAUUAUUCCAGGGGCCGGGGAUGGUUCACCAAGGCCCAAGAAACGCGGUCGCCUUCGGCGCAAGGCUAUGGCACCGGCAUCAGACGAGGAGAAAUCAGAAUCCGAACCAAAACCUCGAUCAAAAAAUGCUUUUGCUAUUAUGGAAAAGGCCCGGGAAAAGGCAGAAGCAAGGGCAUCGUUCGACAAAACGAAGAGUGAAGCGAAGGAGAUGGUUGAAGAGCAAGCCCAGGAAUCUGAAGACGAAUACGCUGGGCUAGGUGGAGCUAGUGAUGAUGAGAGUGCGGGUGAGGAUGAUGCCUUUGUCAAAGAAAUGAUCGACCAAGGAGAGGUGGAUGUAGACGAGGGAAAGCUAGCUGCUUUUUAUGCAGAUAAACAGCGGCUUGAAGACGGCAAGGCAGUCGAGAAGCUGUUCAAAGACAUUAAUAACGGCGGUCUUCGGCGCAAACGUAAUAACGACUUUGAUCUUUCGGAUUCCGAAGACGAAGCAGAAGCUCGUCGGCGGAGAAAGCAGAGAGAGUUUGCUAAGAUGCGCAAAGCUCUUCUUGAGAACGAGAACGUAGGCAAGAUUGCCGAAGACCCUAGGAAGAUGGCCUUCUUAAAGGCUCUUGAAGAUCGGGAUGGAGAAGAUGAUAAUGACUUUCUUAGUCGACCUGCCGAAGAGUCUUUCAGAAUCGAAAUAGAUACACAAGAGGAUGGAGAUUCUCAAUCUCAGAAACAAACCUUGGAUGAAUUACCCACCAAUGAGCCAAAGCGUCCUCUUCACGAAUCAAAUCAAGACAGGACAAACAUGCGUCCACCAGCAACAAGCCGCCGUACUCAUGCUCCAAAGAAACCCGCGUCCAUGUUGGAGAUUCGCGAAUCUGUUUCCUUCUUGGUCGAAGACCCUGGGGCUCAGAACACCGCUGAUACGUCAUCUUCAUCGGAGGACGAAGAAAAUCAACAACCGUCAGGUCGCGCUUCGCCCCAAAAUAACCGGCGCCGCACGAAGGCAAAUCCAGUGGUCGAUCGUCUGUUCUUGAAACGCCAGAGUUCCUCCUCUGCCUGGAAUAACAGCAAUGCAAACCUGGCUUUCCACGCUCCCACCACUUCCACCAACAACAGCUUCGUCCCUUCGCUCCUCCGCCGUGCUACCAGUUCAAGUCUCUCCAACUCAAAUUCCCAGGAUUCGCACGGCAUUAGCCAUCAUGCGACCACGGAAAGAGCAGCAGGAGGGGGCGAGAAGGGCGAUUUUGUGAGACGUGGGGGAACCAAAAAGAGUUCGGUGAAUUUCGCGGCAAGGGAGAUGCAGAGGAAGAGUGCGGUCGAUGGAGUUGAGAGAAGGAAAACGCAGCAGAGAGAACGUGCCGCGAGGGAGAGGGGAACUGGGUUGGUAGGAUUGUCCAGAUCGAGCACGUGGGAAGGCUAG